AUGGACGUCGACAAUAUCCUUACGGUGCCUAAGGUGGCUACCUGGUGUAAGGGUGUAGUAGCUAAGCUUACUCGAGCUACAAGCAAUCCAUUGAUGCAGAAAUAUCUUGGGUAUGUUUCCCAGCGACUAGAUGCAGGAGAGUAUACCUCCCCAUCACAGUACUGGGACGAGCUGUAUCGAAGUAUUAAUGCUGUGGAGGAUCCCGUAAAUCAAGGACGGCUGAACCCCACGAUAGAGGAGGAUAAGGUCACCUUCAGAGGUUUUGAGACUGUAUACAGCUUAGCAGCAUUGGAUCCUGACGACAGAGCCAUCUAUUUCGAGAGUUGGUUCACAGAGGAUGUCGAUCAUUCCCGAGCUGGAGCCUCUGAAGUGAAGGCAGCUCUAGCCGAGUGUGAUGUAUUCUUCAAGGAUAUGUCAGAUGAAGAUGUGGAUAAAUGCAUCGAUAUAGUACGGAGGAAUGCUGGAAAAUUUCCCGUUGACUCGCGUCACUUCUUGGAGUCGUUUCCUGCACCUGGUACCAUGCAUUACUCACGUCGGAAGGCAGCUGACAAGUCCAAAGAAGGGAUUGUAAUAGGUGAUGGUACAUUAUCCGAUGAGGAGAUGGUAGAGAGGAGAGUGAAGUCUGCCAUGAGUAAAAGGCUUACUGCUGAGGAAUUACGAACAGAUAUAGAGCGGACUAUGGACACUGAAUUGAGGGCAAGCUAUGGUCCUUUGUACACUACACCAUCGGGGGCUCUAGUGAGGGAUGUGUAUCGGGAACCAAUUGAGAAGGAUGAACCGAAGAGUAGCAAUGAUAUAGACAUUAAAACAGCUAACGAUGGCAACAGCAGCAGUAGCAAAGCCAAGACUACAGCUGAGUUGAGAGCUGAGGCAAUAGAGACAUAUAAACAGAGGAAGGCAGCCUAUUAUGAGGCAUGCCCAUUGAGUCUUGAUGUACAUCUCUGUAGCUGUAUACCUAUACAACCCAAAGUGUUAUGGACUAUCCUCAAGGAUGAGGUUAUGUGGUGUAGUCCACAUUCCGGAAUGGAACUCGCUCUGCGUAAGACGAAAGCUUUGAAGGUAGUGGACGAUGAUGACAACGAUGGGGCUAGCAAGAAGUCAUAUAUACCGAGGGAUCUUAUGAAGCAGAUAGAACACCUUAUACGGGAUCUUGGGAGCAGUGCUACCGUGGAUAAGCUCAUGAGACAGUUGGAUUGGGGGAAGAACUCUCAGAAGAAAGAAAGGUUGGGACCUCUACGUGAAGUGCUUGCUCGACUCCCUCGAGUAUUCUACGAGCCUGAUUACAUGUUCUUGCGACAGUCACUCGAGGGUGUAGUGGCAUGGCCUGAAGAUGAUGAUGACAGAACCGAAGAAGCCAAGAUACAGGAGAUGACCUUCAACUUCGACAAUUGGUGCCGACUCAAUGUUAAUAAAACGGAAGUGGCCAAUAACUUGGUUACCAUGCUCACCACACCGGAGAGCUGCCCUCAAAGGCGUUAUCCCCUGGAUACAGCUAGGGAGUAUCUAGCUACUAAUGGAGUUAACCCUGACCAUGAGCUACCUCUACUGACCGAUCUAUUCGUUCCUGGCAAUAAUAUUUACCUUCGUAAAGGAUACGAAGAUGAAGCCUCUCCAAGUGUUUCAACAGCAUCAGAGAAGGAGGAGGAGGAGGAGGAGGACCGAGUAUCCGAGUAUAUUUACUCUACAUUGAAGAAGUCGCCGUACCGAGCCAUCGAUGCUGAUGCUUUACGUAAGGUCAUCCGUGAUAGCUUUACUUUGGAGGAGAGUAAAGGCUUUGAGGCAUCAAUUACCGACACCAUUAAGGAGGGCCUCAUCCCUCAUCCAACGCCUUCAACAUCUUCAUCAGAAGGAGUGGAGGAGAAGGAGGCUCGGGCUGGGAGUCCCCGAAUAGACUCUAGCGUCUCGGAGAUGGAAGGGAGGGCACAAGCUCGUGGUUUGUAUCGGUGUUUCUUCCACGAUCCACUUAAUAUAUACCUGGCUGCUGAUGCUGAAGAGUUCCUCUCUAUCAAGUCUGAUACACAUUCGUGGAAUAGACGGAAAACCGAGAAGAUGCCAGACUUGAAGCCACUCCCAGAGAGCGAGGUGGUUAAGGCACCCGAGCCUCAAGUUGUUGUCAAAGAUGAGGGAACAUCGUCAGCACGUCAAAUGCAUCCCUUACGUGCUGGGCCCAUCUCUACUCCCCUUCCGUUCAAUUGGUACCCCUUCUCCAUUGUUAUUGUCGAAGACAUCAUGAACAUUGGACAACUCAACGACCUCUUCAGCGUUAAGGUUGAUGGUAUCGAUGAGAGGGUGAGGAAGGAUGACCUACGUGAGGCCUUCUCGAAGUUCGGUGAAAUUGGAGAUGUCUUCAUUCCAGUCGAUCGUUAUACUGGUGUUAGUAGGGGAUUCGGCUUCGUCAGAUUCUAUGAGCGUCGUGAUGCUGAGGAUGCCAUUCGCGAUAUGGAUAAUAAGGAGUUCCAAGGGAACCGCAUUACAGUAGCUGCUGCCAUGUACAAUAAGGAGAGUAGUUAUGGCAAGGGGUGA